AUGGGAUACGCAUCGCUGGAACCACACCUGCCCUCGUCACACGCACCUCUGCUGCCGCCAGGAACAUUCCUCUCCAUCUCAGACACCCAGGCCUCGGAUGGAAACUUUUUAUUGCAUCACUUCAUUUCAAACUACCUCAAGGCUGAUCAUAAUGUUGUUCUCGUCGGUCUCGCCGGUAUCCUCGUCCACUACACCAUGGUUGGACGCAAGCUUGGUGUCAAUUUGGCGACGGCAAGGACAAAGGGAAACUUUCAGUUUGUGGACGGUCUGACACAGCUCACGGACUACGCUGCACCCAACAAGGAAUACCUCGCAAAGCCAGCUGAGCCAAAGCCUUCAUCAACAACUACAACUACAACAACAACGGCAGGAGCAAGGAUAGCGCGGCCCGCAGCAGCAGCAGCAGCAACACCCCCUGCGCCACCAAAGGUGCUGAGCUAUGGCCCAAAGUUAGUCGACUUGUACAGGGCACUCGAGGAAAUCAUUCAGGACACAGCCUCAAAGACAACCGGACCUUUUCAGAAGCAGCUCGUCUUGAUCUUGGACGAUCUCUCGGUUCUUUUAAACUGCGGAUGGCCAUGUCGUGAUGUGUUGGCCUUGGUCCGCUACUUGAAACUUUUGGUUACCAAGUUCAAUGGCACAUUGAUUACACUGGUACACGCGGACGGACUUUUGGCAGAGGAAGUGAGCCAGGAUGGACUGGUCAAGGGAGUUUUCUAUGAGGCAGACUAUAUCAUUGAUGUCCGAGGACUCGACAGCGGUGGAUCAAGAGAUGUUCACGGACAGUUGUCAUUGUUGCAUGGACCGGGAUACUUGCUCCGCCAGCGCGCAGGGCAAGUCAAGGAGAACGAAUGGCCAGCACUUACGCUCCACUACAAGAUCCUUGACAACAAUGUAGAGGUCUUUGCCAAAGGAUACUCCUCUGGCGUUUUGUAG